AUGAUGGCCAGCUACCCCGAGCCCGAGGACGCCGCGGGGGCCCUGCUGGCCCCGGAGACCGGCCGCGCAGCCAAGGAGCCCGAGGCGCCGCCGCCGCCGCCGAGCCCCGGCAAGGGAGGCGGCGGCGGCGCCGGGACAGCCCCGGAGAAACCUGACCCCGCGCAGAAGCCCCCGUACUCGUACGUGGCGCUCAUCGCCAUGGCGAUCCGCGAGAGCGCCGAGAAGAGGCUCACGCUGUCCGGCAUCUACCAGUACAUUAUUGCCAAGUUCCCGUUCUACGAGAAGAACAAGAAGGGCUGGCAGAAUAGCAUCCGCCACAACCUCAGCCUCAACGAGUGCUUCAUCAAGGUGCCGCGCGAGGGCGGCGGCGAGCGCAAGGGCAACUACUGGACGCUGGACCCGGCCUGCGAGGACAUGUUCGAGAAGGGCAACUACCGGCGCCGCCGCCGCAUGAAGCGGCCCUUCCGGCCGCCGCCCGCGCACUUCCAGCCCGGCAAGGGGCUCUUCGGGGCCGGAGGCGCCGCGGGCGGCUGCGGCGUCGCUGGCGCCGGGGCCGACGGCUACGGCUACCUGGCGCCCCCCAAGUACCUGCAGUCCGGCUUCCUCAACAACUCCUGGCCACUACCGCAGCCGCCUUCGCCCAUGCCCUACGCCUCCUGCCAGAUGGCGGCGGCCGCUGCAGCGGCGGCCGCCGCCGCUGCAGCCGCGGGCCCGGGCAGCCCGGGCGCGGCCGCGGUGGUCAAGGGGCUGGCUGGCCCGGCCGCCUCGUAUGGGCCGUACUCACGCGUGCAGAGCAUGGCGCUGCCUCCCGGCGUGGUGAACUCGUACAACGGCCUGGGAGGCCCGCCGGCCGCGCCCCCGCCGCCGCCGCACCCUCACUCACACCCGCACGCACACCAUCUGCACGCGGCCGCCGCACCCCCGCCGGCCCCGCCGCACCACGGGGCAGCCGCACCGCCCCCGGGCCAGCUCAGCCCCGCCAGCCCUGCUACCGCCGCGCCCCCGGCGCCCGCGCCCACUAAUGCGCCGGGCCUGCAGUUCGCCUGCGCCCGGCAGCCCGAGCUCGCCAUGAUGCAUUGCUCUUACUGGGACCACGACAGCAAGACCGGCGCGCUGCACUCGCGCCUCGAUCUCUGA